ACCCCGGAAGCGAAAUCCCAAGGUUGCGCGCGGUUCCUCCGGCUUUCUCCACCUCCGGAUACACCCUACACGAUCUGGGGUCCAAAAGCGUGCAGCCGGGCAGGAUGGGCGGGAGAGCAGACGGGCGGGGUGUGCAAGGCGAGUGAAGAGCGGUGAGCAGGUCCCGGUGGGCCACGCGGAGCCACGCAGGGGCGGUGGGCGCGCAGACUCGGCGUCCGACCGCGCGGACUGCAGAACGCCCGCCUGCGAGCGCGUCGCCGGGCCACUGCUGCCGCGUCGCCUUCUCCCGCGAGAUCGCCAGCGCUGGGCCCGAGCUCCCACUAACGCACCCAGAGCCCGGCCUCCUCUCCAAUGUUUCAGAAGUCACGGCCGGCGCUGCUGCAGUCUCAGGAUGUUGGAGACAAGGUGGAGACGCUUAUGGGUGGCGGAAUUGCCCGGGCCUUGGGAGUGUCGGGGAGUGUGCCGGUGCGACCACGAGCCGCGUGCGAGCGCCUCCGGACGUUGCUUUAAGUUGGAUGGCUAGAGCGACAGAGGUGGAAGGACGCUCGGGCAGGUAUCUGGACCACCGCAAGGCCCGGGUAGUAGCCCCAGACCGGAGAAGAGGUGGGUGCCCGCGAGAGUUACAUCCGGUGAUCAAGGCUUUCCUGUGUGGCUCCAUCAGUGGGACCUGCUCCACCCUCCUUUUCCAACCCCUGGAUCUCCUCAAAACGCGCCUGCAGACUCUCCAGCCCUCAGACCAUGGAUCUGGUCGUGUUGGGAUGCUGGCUCUGCUCUUGAAGGUGGUUCGCACGGAGAGUAUUCUGGGCCUUUGGAAAGGGAUGUCCCCUUCCAUUGUGAGGUGUGUCCCUGGCAUUGGCAUCUAUUUUGGCACUCUCUACUCCUUGAAGCAGUACUUCCUGCGAGGCCAUCCCCCCACGGCCCUGGAGUCGGUCAUCCUGGGAGUGGGCUCUCGCUCGGUUGCAGGACUCUGCAUGUCACCCAUCACUGUGGUAAAGACACGUUACGAGAGCGGGAAGUAUGGCUAUGAGAGCAUCUAUGCAGCCCUGAGGAGCAUCUAUCGCACUGAGGGGCACCGGGGACUCUUCAGCGGCUUGACGGCAACACUCCUUCGUGACGCACCCUUUUCUGGAAUCUACCUGAUGUUCUACAACCAGACCAAAAACAUCAUGACCCAUGACCAGUUGGAUGGAGUCCUUAUUCCCGCUGUAAACUUCAGCUGUGGGAUCUUUGCUGGCAUUCUGGCCUCCCUGGUGACUCAGCCUGCGGAUGUUAUCAAAACCCACAUGCAGCUCUCUCCAGUGAAAUUUCGGUGGAUUGGCCAGGCGGUGACACUUAUUUUUAAAGAUUAUGGGCUCCGUGGCUUCUUCCAAGGCGGCGUCCCGAGGGCCCUCCGCAGAGCUCUGAUGGCAGCGAUGGCGUGGACCGUGUAUGAGGAGAUGAUGGCCAAGAUGGGCCUGAAGUCCUGACUGAGAGGGACUGGGUAAAGACGGGCUAUGUUGCGCUCCCUGGCUCUUACCGGGGGCUGCUUCGCCUCACUGUCCUGGAGUAAGAUGAAGUCUAAUCUGGAAAGCCAGGCAGAUGUGUCCCCUUCUGUUACCCAGUUUCAGUAGAAAAUAGGUGGGCCUGACUCAAGCCUUCAGAAUAUCCCAGAAGAGGAGUUACGGAUGCCUACAGCACACUGGGGAGUUCAGAGAAGGGCUUGCCCCUCCUGCCAGGUUACUCGAAAAGGCCUUUCUGGAAAGAGCUCUGUCAGGUGGUUCUGCUUCAGCCACCCAACCUACGCCAGGCUGCCUGUUUGCAUCUGUUCUUGGGCAAGGCAUCGCACGGCCAGAGGAGCUGUGGCUGUGAAGAGCUCCAGCAGGGGGGAAGCCGGGUCUGUGGAGAGAGGGGUUCUUGUCAUCAGGCUUUUGUCUGUGUCUGGAAUGCUGGUGGGAUGAGGAAGAAAAGAUGUCAUUACUUAAUUGGUCACCAAUCACCUUCUCAGAGGCUCUGAAGAAGUGGGGAGAGUGGCUUCUUAGCCUGAAGUGUCCAAAUAACGAAUUUUGGUCUUGGCCUCUGCACUGUUUCAGUUCUAAAUUGUUCUGGCAUUUUUCUGCAGCUAACAUUCGCAUAAAUAAAGUGAAGCACUUUAUCAUUGGAAA